AUGGGCACAAACGCGCUCCUGGUGGCGGCAGCUCUCGUGCUGCUGACCGCGCCUGCCUUUACCAGGCGGGCCGUGCUGACCGAGGCAUCGGCGGUGCGCGGGGAGGCUGGGGAAUGGCGCCGCGAGGGGUCGCCCGAACUGGUGGCGGCGGAGGGGCAGCAGCAGCGCCGCUCCUUGCACCAAGCCGUGCAGCAAGGCGGCGGUGGCACGGCAGUUCCGCACGAGCCGCUGCCCAAUUUUGAGAUCGGGGUGCCAGCACCGCCCAAAAAGGAGUGGCAGGUCAGCGGGGUGCGGGAGAGGCAGCAGGAGUUCAGCAGCGGCACCUUCCUGAUGCCCGGGCACCCGGGGCUUGGGUAUGUGGCAAUCUGUGUGGUGGCGCGGGACGCACACGCCGACAUGCUGGAAUGGAUAUCACACCACGUCAGGCUGGGCGUGAGCAAGAUCUAUCUGUGGGACCACGCCAGCCAGCCGCCCAUGCGCAGCGUGGUGCAGGGCUAUAUUGCCGCCGGCAUUGUUGAGUACCAGCACUUUGCUGAGUUCCAGCACCCCUCUGGCAAGCCCCAGCUCUAUGCUUACGACCAGUGCCUGCAGCGUGGCCACCUGCACACCUGGAUGGCCUUCAUUGAUGUGGAUGAGUUCCUGAUGGACCCCUGGCCCUCCAUCCAGAGCCUGCCCGCCUUCCUGACAGAGUUCGAGGGUCCUGCUGCGCCGCCGCGCGCGCUCUCGGGCCUGGCCGUCCACUGGCUGAUUUUCGGCAGCAGCGGGCACGAGGCGCGGCCCGCGGGCGGCGUGCUGCGCAGCUACCACCGCUGCCUGCAGCUGCGCCACGCUCAGCACGCUCUGGUCAAGACCAUCGUGCGCACAGCGUGCACUGCCGGGGUGGAGGGCCCCCACAACUUCGUGCACAACUGCUCGCUGCCGGUGCUGCAAACCGACAAGACGCCCAUACUGGGCGCACGCAGCGAGGAGCCGGUGCACGUGAGGCUGGCGCUGCACCACUACGCCAUCAAGAGCCGGGAGGAGUUUGCGCUGAAGAUGGUCCGCGGCUCCGCCAUGAAGCGCCAGAGGGGCUGGGAGUUUUUCGACUUUGUGGAUGAGUGGUCCACCGAGUGGAACUGGGACGGCCUGCUGGUGUGGGACACAGAGGCCACCUUCCAGCACUACCCAGGCAGGCGGCGGCUGGGGGAUGUGGGGGCCGUGACCGAGGAGCACCUCAAGCGGUACACAGCCGAGCAGCACGAGGACUUUUGGCUCAAGGGGGCCGACGACCCGCGCUACCAGGAGCAGCAGCGGCAGCAGCAGGAGGCGGCAGCCGCCGCGCAGCAGGCGCAGCAGCAGCAGCAGGCGCAGCAGGCGCAGCAGGCGGCCGCGGAGGGGGCUGCAGGAGGAGCGCAGCAGGCAGGGGAGCAGCAGGGAGGAGCGCAGCAAGAGGUGCAGCAGCAGCAGCUGCUGCAGGUGCAGCAGGUGGCAGGCGCCGGCGCGCAGGAUGCUGCCGCCCAGCUGGCUGGCAACGUGCAGCAGCAGGGCUUAGACGCAGCUGCGCAACAAGCAGCGGCGGCAGCGCAGCAGCAGCAGAUGGGCGCAGGGGCUGUGCUACCUCAGGAGCAGCAACAGCAGGCGGCGGCAGCGGCGCAGCAGCAGGCUACCACUCUAGGUGCACAGCAGGCGGCGGCGGCGGUAGGAGCGCAGCAGGCCGCAGCAGCUGCCGCCGGCGGAGCGGCGGUGGAGCAGCAGCAGGCGGCAGGGGUGGCAGGAGGCGCGGCCGGCGUGCAGCAGGGGGCUGCCGGGGCGGCAGGAGCCGCAGGGGCACAGCUGCAGUGA